AUGCCUGGAAAACCUUGUAGAAUGAGCUUCAACACCUUAGCAGAAUUUCCAUCCCAUGCUGAUACUCACCAGUCUCUGUACAAGGUGCAGAACCACAGAGGUGCUGCUGCAGAGACACCAGGAAGUCUUCUGGAGGACUCAGAUGUUCCACUUCUACCUGCAGGGGCAGAGACCAUAGACACAAUAAAGAGUAGACGCUGCAUCGACCGCUACUGCCUAUUGGCGCUGGUGAGCCGUGUGGCCGCCAUCUUGGAACGGUCACCGGCUCCACUCAGUAGACGCCUUGGAAUGACCGACUUUAAAUCCACCAUCCAGAUCCCUGACCUGGCCCUCCCAGCCUCCACGUGGAGGGUCGGUGUUUGGAGAAAGGGCUACAGCUGCCCAGGUGCUAUAAAGAGCAGCAGCUGCCGCACAGGUAACACACAACAACCACUGACCUGUAGCAGCAACAGCAGCAGCAACCAACAAACCGGCAACAUGAUGAGCAAGAUCGUUUUCUACGAGGAGAGGAACUUCCAGGGUCGUUCCUAUGAGUGCAGCAGCGACUGCCCUGACAUGUCCUCCUACAUGAGCAGGUGCCACUCCUGCAGGGUGGAGAAGGGCUGCUUCAUGGUCUAUGACCGCACCAACUUCAUGGGUAACCAGUACUUCAUGAGGAGGGGCGAGUACGCUGACUACAUGAGCAUGAUGGGCAUGAGCGACUGCAUCAAGUCCUGCCGCAUGAUCCCCAUGCACCGUGGAUCUUACAGGAUGAAGAUCUACGAGAGGGAGAACUUCGACGGUCAGAUGCACGAGCUGAUGGACGACUGUGACAACAUCAUGAGCCGUUACAGCAUGUCCAACUGCAUGUCCUGCAACACGAUGGACGGACACUGGCUCAUGUACGAGCAGCCCUGCUACAGGGGCAGGAUGAUGUACAUGAGGCCUGGAGAGUACAGGAACUUCAUGAACAUGGGCAUGAACAACAUGAAGUUCAUGAGCAUGAGGCGUAUCAUGGACUCUUAUUAUUAG